AUGAUGUCUACAGCAGCAAAUCACAGCAUCUGGUCCGAAAACGAGCACCAACCCGCACGCACAUUUCGCCCCCACAAUCCCGGCGAAUUCAGCCCAGGUGGAAUUGAAGGCAGGACCAUCGACACCAUUUACGACACCGACUGUCAUGGAGACGGUGACGAUGCCUACAUCUACUUCACCAUCGCAUACACCAACGGCACAAUCGCCUACGACCCGCGCGGCCGACCCGGCCUCUUCUCCUUCAGAACCCCAUGGUACAUCUCAUACCCAAAAACGCUGCGAAAAGCAAUCUUCAACGAUCCGACCCCAUAUCGAUCCGAACAAAAGUCCGAGGACUGUAAGCAUGGCCACUGCUGCAGCGAGGUCCUGCCGGGGUUGCUGUAUAACGACGAGCCCGUUAGAUUGAAGCGCGUUAAGAAUCCGAAGACGCUGCGAAUGUCAUCAAAGACGUUCGAUAUCGAUCGGGACUACUUUGCGCUCGGCGAGUGUCACUACGACGAUAGCCUACGCGAUAUCUGGAGGAUGGGUGUGUAUCUUGGUCGUAUCGGAUACUAUAUCCACGGCGCCAACAUCCCACCUGCUGUCAUUGACUAUGUGGAGGACAGGUCUAUAUAG